CGCGUCGCCACUUUGGUAUAUAUUCAGGCCCCCGCCGCCCUCCUCUCUUUCCUCUUAUCCACAUCAGCAAUACCAGAAACACAGAAACAAAUCACAACGCAUACCGCAAUUUACACGAUGAUCGCCAUUCACGACGACCAUCAAAUCGUUCCGGACGGCCCUCCGCGUCGCGCGAACUACCAGUCGCCCCCCGCCAAGGCGCCGACUGCUCUCGCCUGGAAGGACAACCCUCUCUGCUUCAUGGCCGCCAAGAAGGCCAACGCGGAGAAGGACUCCCUCAAGGAGCUAUUCAGCGAGGGCGAAGACGCAGCCGAAGGCGAGGACGAUGGGGCCAAGGCGAACAGACAUUCGACGGCGUUCCCUGGCGAGGACGACGACGCGCCGAAGGUCAACAACGGUGUCGACGUCAAGAAAGUCGAGGACUUCCUCAAGAGCAUCCUCGAUGAUGUUGCUCUCAAUGGCAAGACCGCUGUUCAGCGGGAUGCGGACAUUGUUCCCGCCGACUCCCUCUCUGAUUUCGAGGACCUACCCGAGACGACCACUGGCGACGCCCACGAGACCGGUCCUGCCUUCGAGGACUCAGCGCCGGCGAUCGCAACGUGCGACGCCGGAUGCUACUCUCCAAUCCUCCCGCCGCGCCAGCUCGAAGGUAUACACGAGGCCCCGACCGCUCGUGAUACCCACAGUACCAGCCAAGCCACUGAGGCCCCAGCACCGGUGAUCCCGACGUGCGAGGCUGGUUGCUACUCACCGACUUUCCCGGCAUACGAAGGGGAAGGUCUGAUCGAGGUGGGCUACCAAUGUGAGGUCCUCGAAUAUCUAGGAGACGUCGACGAGGAGAUGGAGCUCAGCACGCCCGUUCUCGACAUGGAGAUGGGAAACAAUAUGGCGACAACGAGCAGCGCAAUGGACAUCGACGUCGACGUCGAGCAUGGCGCUCUCAGUGCUCCUCUUCAAUACGUCGAGCACUCCAGCCUUGGUGCCCGCGACCAAGAACUGACAUAUUCGACUCUCGACAGUCGCUUUCAACUCGACGAGGACGAUAACGGCACUCCACGCCUCGUCUCCAGUCCGACCAUGGACAACAUGUCAGCUUUGUUCACCACUCUCGCCAUCCGCGACCACCUCGACUUCGGAUCCCCGAUCGAAACAGUCCCCAUGCCACCGUUGAAGCGCCAGCAACACAUCAUCCGCCUUCGUCGCUCAAGGUUCGAAGCCCGCGUGAAGAAGCUGCAGCAACAGAAGCGCAUACCUGCCUUCCCUCGCGAUCGCUCGGAGUUUUCCUCACUCCUGCCUGGUCUUCCGCCUGCGGCCCUCAUUAUCAAGGCAUUUGCACCAGUACUGGCUCCACCGCCAGUGCACGGGUUCUCUCGGGAAGACACCUUCACCGACACGACCACACCAGUAGCAGCCCAGGUUCCAGUCACUGAGCCGCUGCCAGUCCUGCACGUCGCUCUCGGUCCCCCUUCCGACCGCUCGGUGGACGUCGUCACCGUUGAAGCACAAGCAUCAGCACCUACCCCAUCCCAUGCGCUGCCUUUGGUAGUUCUUCCCGUUGCUGCGCCGGUCGUUCGUCCUUCGACGACUGACGCCUUUGAUGCCGUCCCUGAGUGUCUGCGCUACCGCGAACCGCCCAAGUGCGAGAACGGGCGCCGAUCCAGCGCACGCGACGCGCUCGCACAGGCCAAGGCGGACCGGAAAGCUCGGAAGGCCGCCUCUGUCACUUCCACCGCCGAAAAGGAGAACGAGGAUCCCGCCAUCGCCGACCUCAUUCGCAUGUUCAUGCCCGAAUCUGCGUCCAUGGAGGAGGAUCGGAUGACGGAAGACAACCGCCGUCGUUCGUGCGUUGCUCCUAGGCAUGCACCGUACACGCGGCCCAAGGACAAGGACGAGGGCGGGGACGAGAAGGCGGACUCGGUGACGCCGUUGCCGCCGCCUCCGGUGUGGCUUGCCAAGAAGGUUCUUGGCAUGUUCAAGAACUUCAGUGGACGAUGCAUGGACGUCGACAAGAGUCAGGAGGUGGCACUGAAGGAGGACCAAGGGAGGAUGGAGUAUGAGAACGAGGAGGACGAUGAAGAGGAGGAGAUGGAGGGCGACGAGGAGUGUGACGAGGAGGAGAUGGACGACGACGAAGAAGUCGAAGAGGACGAGAACGAGGGGGGCGAUGAAGGUAACGACGGCAUGGAGGACCACGAAGUACAGCUGGAUGAAGGCGAGGCUCCUGCCUUCUCCGAUCACGAAAGCGAUUCCGAAUCCGACGCUGCCGCCCGCUAGAAGAUCUAUAACGACGACGAAAAUCUAACGACACUAAACGGCGAAGAAAACAGGACGAAAAUUAAUAACGAACAUAUACCCUGCAUCAUAUAUCCCACAGCACCACACGAUUGCCAUCGACCACUAUCACUUGCAUACUCGGAUACCUCCAUGACAACUAUACCCCAACCGGAUGACAUUCUUUCAGAUUUUCAACGCUGCAUAUAGACUCAACCAUCACUGCACUACUGCAUCACGACACAAUAUCCUCUCGACUUCCGAUCCUUUGCAUGCCAUACACCCUUGUACCACCACUGCGCCCCGGACGCCGACAUGA